AUGCAGCUCUUCGCCAGCUGCGAUAUCAACCUCACUCACAUCGAGUCCCGGCUGAAGUCCUUCACGCGCGAUGGACCCUCCUUCCAUAUCGACUUCCAAGGCCCCGUGGAGGAGCCCAAGAUUCAACGCCUGAUGAAGGAGAUCAAAGUGCUCUCCGGCGUCUACAGCGUGGAAGCCAUGGCUCCGAGAGAGGUUCCAUGGUUCCCCUUGAACAUCCGUGACCUGGACCUUACGGUGGAUACCUUGGACGGUGGAUCGGCGCUGAUCAAUGAGGACCAUCCCGGCUUCAGCGAUGCCGAGUACCGGGACAGGAGGGAUCGCGUCGUCCAACUGGCGAAGGCUUACCGCCACGGAGAUCGCCUGCCCUUUAUACAGUAUACCGACAAAGAGAUUUCAACUUGGCAGGCUGUUUACGAGCGGCUGCAAGAUUGCCACGCGAAGUGGGCUUGCACUGAGUACAGAGACAUGCUGCAGCAGAUGGAGAAGUACUGCGGCUACAGGGCGAACAACAUUCCGCAGCUGGCUGAUAUCUCAGACUUCCUGCAGCAGCGGACAGGCUUCACCUUGCGCCCGAUCAGCGGUCUGCUGUCGGCCCGCGACUUCCUGAAUGCUUUGGCCUUCCGGGUUUUCUAUUCGACGCAGUACAUCAGGCACCACGGAAACCCUUUCUACACUCCAGAGCCAGAUGUUUGUCAUGAACUUUUGGGUCACGUCCCCCUCUUUGCGAAUCCGGCCUUCGCGGAUUUCUCGCAAGAGAUAGGCCUCGCAUCUCUAGCAGCCUCCGACGACGAUGUCACACGCCUUGCGUCGGUGUACUGGUUCACCGUGGA